AUGGAAUUUGAUAUUGCGGAACACGUAAAAAGAUGUCAGCAAUGUCAAAGUCAUGGACCGUUAAUCCAUGCCCCGCACACCUGGCUGCACAGUGUCGUCACCCCAUGGCCUUUUCACAGAUGGGGACUUGAUAUCAUUGGACCGAUAAACCCAACCUCGUCGGGGCGUCAUAAGUAUAUCAUCACCGCAACUGAAUAUUCUACCAAAUGGGUUGAAGAUAUAUCACUUCGAGACUACUCAGGUGCAACAAUUGCCGCGUUCAUUAAAGAGUACAUCAUCUGUCGAUUUGGGGAACCUAUAAUCAUACGUUCAUAUAAUGGUACUUCUUUUGUUAAUCAAACUGUCAUGGAUCUGUUGGAUCAAUACGGAAUCAAGUUCCACACCUCGACUGUCUACUACCCGCAGGGGAGUGGACAUGCUGAAGCUACCAACAAAACACUAUUAAGAAUAUUAAGCCGAAUGGUAUAUGAUCAUCAUAGGAGCUGGCACGAACAGCUACCGCUUGCACUCUGGGCAUACCGCAUCUCCAGAAGAAGUUCCACAGGCGCGUCCUCUUAUUCCCUUGUGUAUGGAGAGGAUGCAAUACUACCAGCGGAAAUUUCUAUACUAUCUGCGCGUGUGGCCAUGGCUAGUCUCACUACUGCGGAUGAUGUCAGUCGAUUUGCAUACCUAGACACCUUAGAAGAACGACGGGCCAAGGCUGAGUGA